UUGAAGGAAUCAGUCGUUUCAAACGUUCUCAAGCUUAAAGCCUUAAAGCGAAGAAGAAGUGAAUCAGUGAUUCAGUGGUGAAGUAGUGAAUUCUAAACCAACCAAGAAGCAAAGUGUGUGCCGUUUGUCUUCUUCAUCAGCAACAACAUAGCCAGCCACCCGUUAAAGGGAAAAACAGUUUUGCAAAAGAAGAAAAAUUUGUUUAUAUUAACAAAACGUGAAAAGGAAAUUACGAAAAAAGAAAACCAAACGGAAGCAGCACACAUUUAGCUAAAAGAAAUCUCCAUGAUUUUUGUGUGAUAGCUGUUCUGGUUUGAGCACAAAAUACAACAAAGGAUACAAAUUGUGAAAAAAAUAAACUAUAAAAUAUCCAGUGCUGAUUUCAAACAAAAACUGAAUUUCAAAGAAAUUAAAAGAGAAAAAUUUCAAAACAUUUUUCAAAAAAAAAAAAAAAAAAGUUUAAAACUUUUUUAAGUGAAUACCUACCUACCAAGUAAAAAUAAGAAAGCCUUUUAAAGACAACUCAAAAAAAAAAUAAAAAAACAAAGCCCAGGAAAAAAAAAAUUCUAAAGUUUCUUCGAAAAGCAUAUAAUGGCCCCAAUAAUUGCUGACAAUACAAUUGAAUCAGGAUGUGAAUUUGUUGAUAAUUCCAACAACGAUAGCAACAACACUUCAAGUUAUUUAAGUGCAACUAACAUUGACGCAUCAUCUAAUGAAGAAAAUUUCUCCACUGUCACAUCCUUUGAGAACGUUGUUGCAUCAAUCGCCGAAGAAAGUUCAGCAGAAGACGACGAAGAAGCCGAAGCAGAAGCAAAAGUGUCUUUGAAUGGUGCCAGUGUCGCGUGUGAUUUGAAAAGCAAUGAAGCUAAUGAAGUGCCCCGUAAGCAACAGAAGCAGCAAAUGCCUUGGGAGGCUCCGGGAAAACAAGGACUCUAUGAUCCACAGAAUGAGCAUGAAGCGUGCGGUGUUGGCUUCAUUGUGGCCAUCGAUGGCAAACGGUCUCACAAGAUUCUUCGUGAUGCCCAGACCUUGUCAGAACGGAUGAAUCAUCGCGGUGCUUGCGCCUGUGACAAUGACACCGGCGAUGGCGCUGGUGUUAUGGCUUCUAUACCCCAUGAUUUGUAUGCCAAAGCAUUGUCUUCAGAUGGUAUUCAACUACCCGAAUUGGGUAAUUAUGCCACCGGCAUUUUCUAUUUGGAUGAGAAAUCUCACCAAGAUGCCGAAAAUGAAUUCAAUGCACUGGCCAAAAGUUUGGGUUUAGAAGUGUUAAACUGGCGCAACGUUCCCACUAAUCAACAAGCUAUUGGUGCUGUAGCCCGCAAAUCGGAGCCCCUAUCACGUCAAGUAUUCGUCGUGCGCCCCGCCCAUAUGGACGAGGAUACAUUCAAACGUCAGGUUUUCGUUUUGCGCAAGCGUGCUAGCCACGAAUUGGCCAAGGAGGGACGCCGCUUCUACAUAUGCUCAUUGUCCUCAAAGACCAUCGUGUACAAGGGUCUCUUCACCUCGGAUCAAUUGUGGAACUACUAUACGGACCUUCAGGAUCCACAAUUUGAAACCUAUUUGGCAUUGGUACAUACACGUUUCUCCACCAAUACAUUCCCCUCGUGGGAAAGAGCCCACCCGCUACGUGUUUUGGCCCACAAUGGCGAGAUUAACACCCUGCGUGGCAAUGUCAAUCUAAUGAAAGCUCGUGAGGGUGUAAUGCGGAGUGAAUUGUUUGGCGAUGAGUUGAAAAAACUAUAUCCCGUCGUCGAGCCUAAUCUCUCCGAUUCCGGUUCAUUUGAUUGUGUAUUGGAAUUUUUGACUGCAGCCAGUGAUCGUACGUUGCCCGAGUCGGUUAUGACCAUGGUCCCCGAGGCGUGGCAAAACGAUAAAACAAUGCCGCAAGAGAAACGUGAUUUCUACCAAUGGGCCUCAUGCGUUAUGGAGCCUUGGGAUGGGCCAGCUUUGAUUUCCUUCACUGAUGGCCGUUACAUAGGUGCCGUAUUGGAUCGUAAUGGUUUGCGGCCUUCACGUUUCUACAUCACCAAAGAGAACAUUUUGGUGAUGGCCUCCGAAGUGGGUGUCUAUGAUGUCGAUCCAUCACAGGUUACCUUAAAAUCUCGCUUGAAACCCGGUCGCAUGUUGUUGGUCGAUACGCAGGAGAAGAAAUUCAUACAGGAUAUUGAAUUGAAGACGAAAAUUGCCAAAUCACGUCCCCAUUCUGAGUGGUUGCAACAAAAGAUAACCCUGGAUGAAAUCCGCAAUGCUAAUGUCUUCAAUACUGAUAAUGCCAAUGGUUCCACGGAUGUAGCCAACAAUGAUCCCUCGAAACAAGGCAUUUUGGAUCCCAGGUUGUCAUUGUAUGGCUAUACCAAUGAAACCGUGAACAUGCUGUUGGUGCCAAUGUUCAAAAACAGGAAAGAAGCUUUGGGCUCCAUGGGCAAUGAUGCUCCUUUGGCUUGUUUGUCUACAUUCCAACCCCUACCGUAUGAGUAUUUUAAGCAAUUAUUCGCCCAAGUUACCAAUCCUCCCAUUGAUCCAUUCCGCGAGAAGGUUGUCAUGUCCAUGCAAUGUCCCAUUGGCCCCGAGGGAAAUAUUUUGCAACCUUCGGCGGAGCAAGUGCAUCGCAUUUGGUUGAACAACCCCAUAUUGAGCAUUCCAGAUACAAAUCUCUUGAAACGUAACACUCAUCGCGGCUGGAAAACCAAGGUCUUGGAUAUAACAUUCCAAUUUCAAGAUGGUGUUCAAGGCUAUGUUGAUUGUUUAGAUCGUGUUUGCCGCGAAGGUGCUGCCGCCGCCUCAUCGGGCUAUCAACUGUUGGUCAUUUCCGAUCGAAAUGCUGGCCAAGAUGGCCGUGCCCCCGUAUCAGCUUUAUUGGCUUUGGGUGCUCUGCAUCAUCAUUUGAUUGAAACCUAUCAUCGCAUGAAGGUGGGUAUUAUUGUGGAGACGGCUGAAGCGCGUGAGGUCCAUCAUGUCUGUGUGCUUUUGGGCUAUGGUGCAGAUGCCAUAUGUCCCUACAUGGCCUUCGAAUUGGCCCAAGCCCUACGCAAUGAUGGUGUCAUCAGUCCCGAUGUCACGGACAAGCAAAUUUAUUCCGCCUAUGCCCAGGCUAUUGAUACUGGCAUAGCCAAAGUCAUGGCCAAAAUGGGCAUCAGUACCUUGCAAUCGUAUAAAAGUGCCCAAAUAUUCGAGGCUGUCGGCAUGGGUGAUGAUGUCAUUGACAAAUGCUUCCGCGGCACUGCAUCUCGCAUUGGAGGUGUUAGCUUGGAUAUGUUGGCUCGUGAGGGUUUGGAGCGUUAUCAAAUGACAUACUGCAAGAUCUCGACGGACACAAGGAUUCUGCGUAAUCCUGGACAAUAUCAUUGGCGUCACGGUGGUGAGGCUCACAUCAAUGAACCUUCCUCCAUUGCCAGCCUGCAGGAGGCUGCUGUAGCCAACAACAGCAAUGCUUUUGAAACGUUUAAAGCUAGUACCUUGAAAAGUGUUAAACGGUGCGCUUUAAGAGGUCAGUUGGAGUUGGCCAAUGAUUGUCAAAAAAUCGAUAUAUCAGAGGUGGAGCCUGCUAGUGAGAUUGUCAAAAGGUUUGCUACUGGUGCCAUGAGUUUUGGUAGUAUUUCCCUAGAGGCCCAUCAAACUCUGGCCAUAACCAUGAAUCGUAUCGGUGGCAAAAGUAACACUGGCGAGGGUGGCGAAGAUGCUGAUCGUUAUCUAAAUCAAGAUCCCCAAAACAGCCGGCGUUCUGCCAUUAAGCAGGUGGCCUCUGGUCGUUUUGGUGUUACAGCCUCAUAUCUGGCCAAUGCUGAUGAUUUGCAAAUUAAGAUGGCUCAAGGCGCUAAGCCGGGUGAAGGCGGUGAGCUGCCUGGCUACAAGGUCACCAAAGACAUAGCCAAAACACGACACUCGGUGGCCGGUGUAGGCCUUAUAUCACCACCUCCUCAUCACGAUAUCUAUUCCAUUGAAGAUUUGGCCGAACUAAUCUACGAUUUGAAAUGCUCAAAUCCAAAUGCACGCAUAUCCGUAAAACUAGUAUCAGAAGUUGGCGUUGGUGUUGUAGCCUCUGGAGUGGCUAAAGGUAAAGCUGAGCAUAUUGUUAUCUCGGGUCACGAUGGCGGCACUGGUGCCAGUUCCUGGACUGGCAUUAAAAAUGCUGGUCUUCCCUGGGAACUGGGUGUGGCCGAAACGCAUCAAGUUUUGGUUUUGAAUAACCUGCGUUCAAGAGUUGUGGUGCAGGCUGAUGGUCAAUUGCGUACUGGCUUUGAUGUAGUAGUUGCUGCUUGUCUGGGUGCUGAUGAAUUUGGAUUUAGUACAGCUCCAUUGAUUGUUAUGGGUUGCACCAUGAUGCGCAAAUGCCAUCUUAAUACCUGUCCCGUUGGUAUUGCUACACAAGAUCCAGUAUUGCGUAAAAAAUUCACUGGCAAACCUGAGCAUGUCAUCAAUUUCUUCUUCAUGUUGGCUGAGGACAUUCGAAAAAUUAUGGCCAAUCUGGGCAUACGAAAAUUCCAAGAUUUAAUUGGACGCACCGAUUUGCUGCGCGUUUCAGAGAAACGCUCCACCAAAGCUAAUACUCUCAACUUGUCAAUGCUAUUGGAGAAUGCACUGAAUUUGCGUCCUGGAACAAAUAUCGUUGGUGGUUCCGUAAAACAGGACUUCCAAUUGGAAAAACGUUCCGAUAAUGAAUUGAUAGCCAAAGUUCAGCCUAUUUUCAAUGGCACUGAGGACAAUGUUACCUUGAAAAUGCGCAUUCACAAUGAGGAGAGAGCCUUUGGUUCAACUCUAAGCUACCAUAUUGCUUGUAAAUAUGGUGAAGCCGGUCUUCCCGAGGGCAAGAGCAUGGAUAUCUUCCUUGAAGGUUCUGCUGGUCAGAGCUUUUGCGCUUUCUUGGCUCGCGGUGUAAAUGUCACUCUGAAGGGUGAUGCCAAUGAUUAUGUCGGCAAAGGUUUGUGUGGUGGUAAUAUUGUUAUUACUCCACCGGAAACCUCACCCUUCGAAUCUCAUCUAAAUGUUAUUGUGGGCAAUGUAUGUCUGUAUGGUGCCACCGAGGGCCGUGCCUAUUUCCGUGGCAUUGCCGCUGAGCGUUUUUGCGUGCGUAAUUCCGGUGUUACCGCUGUCGUUGAAGGUGUUGGCGAUCACGGUUGCGAAUAUAUGACUGGCGGUGUAGUUGUUAUCUUGGGUCUGACUGGCCGAAACUUUGCUGCCGGUAUGUCUGGCGGCAUGGCUUAUGUGUACGACAUCGAUGGCUCAUUCAAGCCUAAAGUUAAUCCCGAGUUGGUGGAACUCUUGCCGUUGGAACUGCCCGGCGAUGUGGCCCUUGUUAAGGAACUGUUACAAGAUUUCAUUGAAAAGACCGGUUCCAAGGUUGCCAAGGAGAUAAUGGAUAAUUGGUCGCGCGAGCAGGCCAAAUUCGUCAAGGUCUUCCCCUAUGAUUAUCAAAGAGCUCUUAAAGAGCAGGAAGCCGAAAAAGAAGAGCAACAAAAUAAAUCAAAUGUUAAGAGUAUUGAGAAUGGCAAGGACGCCCAUGAACCUGGCGUCAAGGAUAUUGAAGAAGCCAUUCAAGAUGUGGCCAUGGAUCAGAAGAGAGCCGAUCGCAUUUUGGAUAAGACCCGUGGAUUUGUUAAAUAUAAGCGUGAAUCCGCUCCUUAUCGUGAUGCUGGUGAUCGUCAAAAUGAUUGGGAAGAGGUUUACAAUUUCCCCCAUGUGCGCAAGAAUUUAAAAAUGCAAGCAGCUCGCUGCAUGGAAUGUGGUGUACCGUUCUGUCAAUCGAAUACUCACGGCUGCCCCUUGGGAAAUAUCAUACCCAGAUGGAAUGAUCUUGUUUUCCAUGAUGACUGGAAGGAGGCUCUACGUCAGCUACUGCAAACAAACAACUUCCCCGAGUUCACCGGGCGUGUAUGCCCGGCCCCCUGUGAGGGUUCAUGUGUCUUGGGCAUUUCGGAACCCGCUGUUACCAUCAAAAAUAUCGAAUGCGCCAUUAUAGAUCAUGCCUUCGAACAAGGUUGGAUCAAGCCAGAACUGCCUGAUGUUAGAACCGGAAAACGUGUAGCCAUUGUGGGCUCAGGUCCAUCGGGUUUGGCAGCCGCUCAGCAGCUUAAUCGUGCUGGUCAUUUUGUUACGGUCUUUGAACGUAACGAUCGUGUUGGUGGUCUACUGCAAUAUGGUAUACCCACCAUGAAACUAUCCAAAAAUGUUGUAAAGCGUCGUGUUGACCUUAUGGCCGAUGAGGGUAUUGAGUUUCGUACCAAUGUGCAUGUGGGAAAGGACAUCAAGGCUGAAGUUUUGAUGAAAGAAUAUGAUGCCGUUCUUUUAACCACUGGCUCGACUUGGCCUCGUGAUUUGCCUUUGGCCAAUCGGGACCUCAAGGGCAUACACUUUGCCAUGGAAUUCCUGGAAGCACAGCAAAAGAAACAAUUGGGCGGUAAGAAUGAAGUCAUUUCGGCUGAAGGAAAAGAUGUCAUCAUAAUUGGAGGCGGUGACACCGGUUGUGAUUGUAUAGCCACAUCAUUGCGCCAGGGGGCCAAGAGUAUUACAACAUUCGAGAUUUUGCCUGAACCCCCCCAAGGCAGAGCCAAUGACAACCCAUGGCCCCAAUGGCCCAAAGUAUUCCGAGUCGACUAUGGCCACGAGGAAGUUCGUGUCAAAUGGGGCAAGGAUCCCCGUCAGUACUGCACAACUACCAAAGAAUUUAUUGGUGAAAAUGGCCACAUUAAGGCUGUCAAAACCGUCGAAGUCGAAUGGACAAAAACGCCAACCGGUGCUUGGAGCAUGAAGGAAGUGGCUGGCUCUGAGAAGCAUUUCAAUGCCGAUUUAAUUCUUCUAGCCAUGGGCUUUUUGGGUCCUGAGAAGACAGUACCCAAUGAAUUGGGUCUAGAAUUAGAUAACAGAGGCAAUGUCAAGGCAUGCAAUGGCCCAUAUGGUACCUCGAAUUCUAAAGUAUUUGCAGCAGGAGACUGUCGUCGCGGCCAAUCUUUGGUUGUGUGGGCAAUUACCGAAGGUCGCCAAGCAGCCCGGCAGGUUGACAGUUAUUUGACUGGACGUCCAAGUGGUCUUCCGGGUCCCGGUGGUGUGAUCGAUCCCACUAAGAAAGCCUGAAUUUCGUUUUUAUAACUAUAAUAAUUUAGUUUCUUAUAUUUAAGUUUUUGUAUUUUAUAUUCUGCAAUUAUGUUGAAGUCUCCUACCACACAUUUACACAAUAAGCGUAAUACUAUUAAUAUAUUUAUUGUUUUUCUUACAUCACUUUGCUAGUUUAUAAGAUUUAAGCUUUUUUCAUAGUAUUAAGAGCUUGUAUUUGUUUCCGUAAACAAUAAGCGGAUAAGAGAAAUGUAUUAAAUUUAUUUUGCCAUCACUUUGCAAUUGUUAAAUCCUUAUGUAUGUUCACUUUAAAUAAUUUUUGCAUUAUGUUUUCAUUUUUCUUGAAUAAACCGACAUGUACUGGAAUUAAAAACAAAAUACAAAAAUAAAGGAUGAUUACAUUUUAAGUGCCGAUGUUGACUGUGAAUAAAUUUAAUGUGUUGCUCGAUUAUGUAGAGAAAUGUCAAAUGAAAUGCAGAAAAAAAACAUGUUGUUUAGAUGUGGUUCACAUUUAAUAUCGGUCCUUAAAAUUUAAAUGGCAGGUUUUUGGAUUGAACUGGUCAUAAAAUAUAUGUUGAUGUUGUUUUUAACUUAGCAGUUAAAUUUUAUGUAGUUUUUUAAACUAUUUUUGAUCAAUCAUACGAUAUAAACAAAUAAAACGAAUACUAAAGUUA